AUGGUGCGGGAUGGUGCAGGGAUGGUGCGGGGAUGGUGUGGGGAUGGUGUGGGAUGGUGCGGGGAUGGUGCGGGGAUGGUGUGGGAUGGUGCGGGAAUGGUGUGGGAUGGUGCGGGGAUGGUGCAGCCAGCUUGGCCUGGAAUGUCCUCCUCAAUCGGUGGGUUGCUUCUUGAUAUUCCUGCAGGUGUGAAUGGAGAUGACUUCCUGGCGUUAGGUGUCUGGAGAGGCAGGAUCAUUCACAGGUUCAACCUGGGCUCUGGAAUCGGAACCGUGGUCAGCGCCCCCCUCAGCGAGAAGCCCGGCAUCCAUGUGGUCCAUUUCGGCCGGUCCCUCAGAAUCGGCUGGCUGAAGGUUGAUAACCAGAGGAACAGGACCGGGUCGUCUCCAGGGCCUCUGGUCGACCUGAACACCUUCGGUUGGCUCUACGUGGGUGGAUUCAGUGAACAGACACCCGAGCUUCUGCCGCCUGGCUCUCGUUUCCGCAGCGGCUUCCAGGGCUGCAUCUUCGACUUGCUGUUGCGGAUGCGGAGAGGGGACAGGCUGCAGCCCCUGGAGGGCCAGCCCAUCCAGAGCCGCAGUGUGGGGCAGUGUGGGGUCAACCCAUGUGCUCUGGUCCGGUGUCAGAACGGAGGGACGUGUUUUAACUCCACCUCAUCUGCAUACUGCCAGUGCCCAUCCGGAUGGAAGGGGGCGCUUUGCUCUGAGACCAUGUCCGCCUGCGAUGCUGAGCACGUCCCCCCUCCCUCCUGUGCCCGCGGCUCCACCUGCAUGCCUCUCCUUCAUGGCUACUCUUGCCAGUGCCCGCUGGGUACCACGGGGCAGUACUGUCACCAAGCCCUGGCCAUAAGUGACCCAUCCUUCAAUGGAACCCAGUCAUCCUGGAUGUCCUUCCCACUCCUUGGUGUUAAGUACAGGACUGAUGUCGAGCUGCAGUUCCAGACUUCGUCACCAGAGGGCCUCAUGUUCUACACAGCUCAGCAUCUGGGAGCAGGAGAUUUCUUCAGCCUCUCGCUCACCUCCGGCUUCAUGCAGCUCCGCUAUAACCUCGGCGACAGAACCGUGCACCUGCAGUCAGCCAAUCGGGUGGAUGUGGGCGGUGGGAGCUGGCACACAGCGCGAGCAGGACGGCAAGGCAACCGAGGCCACCUGCUACUGGAUGGCGUGGAGACGCGGCUGGAUCCGCCCCCGGGGACGGCCAUGCUCGACGUGGCCUCGGAAAUGUUCGUGGGUGGCGUACCUACUUCUAACAAUCUGCCCGCCGACGCAGUGGAAGGUGAGCUGACUGGAUUUACAGGCUGUAUCCGUGAACUCAUGGUGAACGGGCGCCGACUGGACCUCUCAGAGACGGGAGCGUUAGAUGGCGCCAACGUCGGCGAUUGCGAUGGGACAGCCUGCGGCUUCCACGUGUGCAGAAACGGGGGGCACUGCGCCGCUGUCAGCCCUGCGACAGCCAUCUGCACCUGCCCCCCUCUUUGGACCGGCCCCACAUGUAGCCUGUCGGUCUUCUGCUUGAACAAUCUCUGCCAGCACAGCUCCACCUGCGUGCCAGACCUGACCUCGGCCUCAUACCACUGCUCCUGCCCGCUGGGAAGGGAAGGCACGCGCUGUGAGAGAGCGACGUCCCUGAGAUCCGCUGGCUUCCUGGGAGAUUCAUUCCUGAAGUACAGGGACCCCGAAUACCCAAACAGGACCCUUACAUACACAAAGAUCGCCUUUAACUUCACCAGCAGUUCAAGCGACGGCCUGGUGCUGUGGAUGGGCAAAGCUGAAUAUGAAGAUGAGGACUAUCUUGCAAUCGGCCUUCACAACGGACACCUGAAAAUGGCUGUGAACCUUGGGGAGAGGCUGUCUGUCCCCCUCGUUCACAGAGGUGCCAGGCUGUGCUGUGGGAAAUGGCAUCAUCUGGCAGUGGUUCAUAACAGGACAGCAGUCCAAGCAUUCAUCGAUGGCGAGCGGGUGGUCUUUGAGGACGUCGACCCUUUGGAGCAGUAUGUGGCAUUGGACUAUGGUGGCAUGUUUUACUUCGGGGGAUUCGAGCUGUACAAGAGCACAUCAGAAGUUACACACGGCCUGUUCUCUCAGGGCUUUGUGGGAAAGCUUAAAGACGUCUUUCUGUAUGAUGACUUAAGGGCACUGCAGCUUCUCCAAAACUCAGAAGGUAUUAAUGUUUACGAAGGAGACUGAAGAAAGAUAGCCGGUACAGAUCUGCACAACCCGUACAGAUGUUCUGAGGCCGGGAAGAGCAAUAGAUCAAAGCAUAAAAAAAAAA